GCAGCGGGGGGGAGGGGGCGGACUCUGGGCCUUUCUUCCCCUUCUGGUUUCUCCCCCCCCUUUUCUCCCCUUUCCGGGUUUGGUUUCUCCCCUUUUCUCCCCCUUCUUCCCUCCCCCCUUUUCCCCCAGUCCCUCCCCCCUCCCCCCUCCCCGGCCCGGCCUGGCCCGGCCCCCUCCCCCCGCCCCGGGCCCCGGGGGAAACCCCGCUAAGAAGAACCCGCCCCCGGGAGCGCGCCGCCCGGACGGGCCGGAGCCAGAGCCCGGUGUCUCUAGACGCUGCUAUACUCUUCUGAAGAUGUCUAACAGUAACACUACUCAAGAGACCCUGGAAAUAAUGAAAGAAUCAGAAAAAAAACUGGUGGAAGAGUCUGUAAGCAAGAAUAAGUUUGUAUCCAAGUCACCAAGUAAGGAAGAGAUUGAGAAGGAGGGUGAGGAUACUAGUGUUCGGCAGGAGACACAGAGACGGGCUUCCAACCAUGGGCAUGCCAGAAAAAGAGCCAAGUCUAACUCUAAGCUGAAGCUGGUGCGGAGCCUGGCAGUGUGUGAGGAGUCCUCUACCCCUUUUGUUGAUGGGCCACUGGAAACCCAGGAUAUAAUUCAAUUGCAUAUCAGUUGCCCCUCUGAUAAAGAAGAAGAGAAGUCCAUGAAAGAUGGUUCUGAAAAAGAAGACAAAGACAAAAAUAAAGAAAAAGUCCCAAGGAAAAUGCUGUCUAGAGACUCUAGUCAAGAAUAUACAGACUCUACUGGAAUAGACCUACAUGAAUUUCUAGUAAAUACACUGAAAAAAAAUCCAAGGGACAGAAUGAUGCUGCUAAAGUUAGAACAAGAGAUUCUGGAAUUCAUUAAUGACAACAAUAACCAGUUCAAGAAAUUUCCUCAGAUGACCUCAUAUCACCGGAUGCUAUUACACCGGGUUGCUGCCUAUUUUGGAAUGGACCACAAUGUUGACCAAACUGGAAAAGCUGUCAUCAUCAACAAAACCAGUAACACAAGGAUCCCUGAACAGAGAUUUUCAGAACAUAUUAAAGAUGAGAAGAAUGUAGAAUUUCAACAGAGGUUCAUCCUGAAGAGAGAUGACACCAGCAUGGACCGGGAUGAUAACCAGAUCAGAGUUCCAUUACAGGAUGGAAGGAGGAGCAAGUCAAUAGAAGAGAGAGAGGAGGAAUAUCAAAGGGUUCGAGAGAGAAUAUUUGCCCGAGAGACUGGCCAGAACGGAUAUCUAAAUGACAUCAGACUCUCCAAAGAAGCCUUUUCUUCUAGCUCUCACAAAAGAAGGCAGAUUUUUAGGGGGAACCGUGAGGGGCUGAGCCGAACUUCGAGCAGCCGCCAGAGCAGCACAGACAGCGAAAUCAAAUCCCUGGAGCCCCGGCCCUGGAGCAGCACAGACUCAGAUGGCUCUGUCCGUAAUAUGCGGCCACCUGUUACCAAAGCCAGCAGCUUCAGUGGGAUCUCCAUUCUUACCCGGGGUGACAGCAUUGGGAGCAAUAAAGGAGGCAGUGCAGGAAGAAUCUCCAGGCCAGGUUUAGCCCUAGGUGCCCCAGAAGUGUGCAACCAGGUCACCUCAUCCCAGCCUGUCCGAGGCCUUCUCCCUUGCACUACCCAACAGCAGCAGCAGCAUCCAGCUCUCCCACCCACACCUCAGCAACAGCCACCCUUGAGUAAUCACAUGAUCUCACAGCCAGUCUCAGCUCUACAGCCCUCUCCGCAGCCUGUUCAGUACUCUCCAAGCUCCUGUCCCCAAGUCCUUCUGCCAGUCUCUCCACCCCAGCAGUACAAUAUGACAGAUGAUCUCAGCAAUCCCUUUGGGCAGAUGAGCCUUAGCAGACAAGGUUCCGCCGAGGCAGCUGAUCCAUCUUCAGCCCUCUUCCAGCCCCCACUUCUCUCCCAGCACCCUCAACAGCCUGGCUUCAUCAUGGCUUCCACGGGCCAACCUCUCCCCACCUCCAACUACUCCACCUCCGGCCACGCUCCCCCUGCCCAACAGGUUCUGCAGCCUCAGGGCUACAUACAGCCCCCACAACAGAUACAGGUUUCUUACUACCCUCCUGGGCAGUAUCCCAACUCUAACCAGCAAUACCGACCUCUUUCUCACCCGGUGCCCUACAGCCCCCAGCGUGGUCAACAGCUGCCUCAGCCAUCUCAGCAGCCUGGGUUACAGCCCAUAAUGUCCAACCAGCAGCAGGCAGCUUACCAGGGCUUGAUGGGUAUCCAGCAGCCACAGAACCAAGGCCUUCUCAGCAACCAGAGGAGCAGUAUGGGGGGCCAGAUGCAAGGCCUAGUGGUCCAGUAUACUCCACUACCUUCAUACCAAGUUUCAGUGGGAAAUGAGUCCCAGAAUGUGGUCCAGCAACCCUUUCAGCAACCUGUGCUGGUCCCUGCUAGCCAGUCAGUCCAGGGGGGCUUACCAGCAGGGAGCAUGCCUGUGUACUACAGUGUGAUCCCACCAGCACAGCAGAAUGGCACAAGCCCUUCAGUAGGAUUUCUGCAACCCCCUGGCUCUGAGCAGUACCAGAUGCCUCAGUCUCCUUCCCCCUGCAGCCCACCACAGUUGCCACAACAGUACUCAGGAGUGUCCCCGUCUGGACCAGGUGUGGUAGUUAUGCAGCUGAAUGUCCCCAGUGUUCCCAAUGGUUCUCAGGCUCCACAGACCCCAUCGAUGGUUCAGUGGAGUCACUGUAAAUACUACAGCAUGGACCAGCGGGGACAGAAGCCGGGAGACCUGUACAACCCUGAGAGCAGCCCCCAGGCCAAUACACAGAUGAAUAGCCCUAUCACAUCUCCCACUCAGUCCCCAACCCCAUCUCCCGUCACCAGCCUCAGCAGCGUCUGCACGGGACUCAGCCCUCUUCCUGUUCUUACGCAGUUCCCCCGACCUGUUGGCCCGGCCCAGGGUGAUGGGCGCUACUCUCUCCUGGGCCAGCCAUUACAGUACAAUCUGUCCAUCUGUCCUCCCCUGCUCCAUGGCCAGUCGACUUACACAGCACACCAGGGACAGACUGGAAUGAAGCAUGGAAACCGAGGGAAGAGGCAGGCACUCAAAUCUGCCUCCACUGACCUGGGGACUGCAGAUGUUGUCCUGGGGCGGGUGUUGGAGGUGACAGAUCUCCCUGAGGGCAUCACCCGCACAGAGGCCGACAAACUCUUCACGCAGCUCGCCAUGUCCGGCGCCAAGAUCCAGUGGCUCAAGGAUGCUCAGGGGCUGCCAGGCGGCGGGGGCGGGGGCAGUGGGGGGGGCGGGGGGGACAACAACGGGACUGCCGAGAAUGGCCGGCACACAGACCUCGCUGCCUUAUACACCAUCGUGGCUGUGUUCCCCAGCCCCCUGGCGGCCCAGAACGCCUCCCUCCGCCUCAACAACUCCGUGAGUCGCUUCAAACUUCGAGUGGCCAAAAAGAACUAUGACCUGAGGAUCCUGGAGCGGGCCAGCUCCCAAUAGGCAGAGGAGGGGAAGAGGCCAGCACCACGGGUUGGGGCAGGGCGGCGUGGGCAAGGGAUGCAGAAAAAGCACAGAUGGAGAUGCUGCUCCAGACAGACAUGGACACACAGAGCUAGGGACCCGAGACAGAAAUGGAGACUGAGGACAGAGAGACAGAGAGACAGGUGCCCGUGCAUGCACACGCAUGCACACACACACACACACACACACACACACACACACACACUCACACACUCACACACUGGACUCAGUCUGGGGUUUUCUUUGCCACCUUUUCCCUCUCUUUCUCCAGGUGGCUCCUCUCCUCUCUGCCUCCCUCUCCCUCCUUUUUUGAACAUCCCCUUUUCCCCAUCCUGGCCCCCAAUGCAUUUCUUUCAUUUUGGGGGGUGGUAUGGAGGGGUCCUACACUCCCCCAUUCCUCCCUUUCUCCUGCCACCCCAUCUCCUCUUCCUCUUUUUGGUCUUUAUGAAUAUAUUUAUAUGGACAGAAUUAAGAAGAAAAAAAUAAAUUGAUUUCCCCCCUCCUUUCACUUCCCUCCAUCUUGUCUCCCUUAUCCCAUGAGUUAAAACCUGUGCCUACCCCUCCUCUAUCCACCCCAACCCCCCAGAACACUUGUAUAUUGUUUGUUUGAGGUUCGUGCCGCAGUAACAGACACAGUAUUUAAUUGCACAUACAGAUGUUUGCUGGGUAUGUUCACUGUAAAUUUUAUUUAAUCUGGGUUUUUUUGUUUGUUUUGGGGGGUUGUUUGGGGGGUUUUAUUUUAUUUUAUUUUUGUUUUGUUUUUAAAUAUAAAAGAAAAUCAUCUGUCACUGGA